AAUUUACUUUAAAAAACAGGAGUAAUUUAAACAAUUCAGUGGGAAUUUUUUUCCUUAAAAACCUUUGCUCAAUCCGCCACGUGGUGGCAGUAGCGCAGUAACUACCGCAAAUACGUCAAUAGAAGAAGUCACGCGUCCACUUUGUGUUGUACUCUGCUUCUUCCCCGUUAAUUUUUGAGUGUUUUUAUUAUUAUUACUUGAGUUAGUUGCCUAUGAAUAUACUUUAUUAACACUUUUUUUUUAAGAAAUGGCUUUUGCUCUGCCGGUGUGGUUCGCGGUCCAGCAGGAGCUCCUCGUUGAAGACGAGACGGACUUUUCGUCACCGUCGGUUUUCGACCAUUUCGACGACGAGACUUUGUUCCAGACUUUCCACCUCAGCCGGCCGUGCGUCACCUUCAUCCUGGACAGCGUGCGCCCCCGCCUGAAUGCGCACACGCCGCUGCCCGCGGACGCCAUGCUGAUGGUGGCGCUCAACUACUACGCGCACGGAGUGUCCAUCGUGUCCGUCCUGCAGAGGGUCGGUCUGAGCCAGACCGAGUGUCCGGCGGUGAUCGGCGCCGUGUCCGAGGUGAUCGCGGACAUGGCCGACGUGUUCAUCUCCUUCCCGACCAGCCGAGAGUCCAGAACCAACGUGGCCUCGAAGAUCCAGGCAUUCUGCGGGAUCCCCAGGGUCCUGGGUGUCCUCGCCCCCGCCCACUUCAAGAUCCGAGCGUCCCCCUACGAGAAGGACAUCUUCAGGUCUUUUGUCAACAGUCAGGGCUACACGUCGGUCGUCACCCAGAUCAUAUGCGACUGUGACGGCAACAUCCUGAGCGUGGAGAAGUGCUGCGUGGGCAGCACGUCUGAGCAGGAGAUCUGGGACGCUUCCUUCAAACGAAAAGAAAUGGAGCAAGAGUCCGGUGGAUCCUACUGGAUUGCUGGUGGGAGUGGCUAUCGCUUAACUAUGCAUGUCUUGACUGCGGUGUCCCAGCCCACAAACAAGAGAGAGGUGCUCUUCAACGAGGCCCACGCCAAGCUCCACGACGCCAUGCGCAGCACGCUCAACAACCUGAAGAGGCGCUUCAGGUGCCUGAUGCAGCUGGGCUUUGCCCAGGAAAUGACUCUGAACAGAAAAGCAAACAUUAUCAAGGCAUGUUGCGUCCUGCACAACAUCUGUAAGAAGUUCUCGGUUCACCUCCCGCCUGCGGUCAGCUCAACCGAGUCUCUUCUUCCAGGCAAACAUUCCGUGCUCGCCGAGGUCAAGCCCGAUGCAAUCAAAGCCAGACAGGAACUCAUCAGUGACUGUUUAAUUGUUGGCUCCAACAGCACAGUUGCCGACGGGGAAAAAUAGAGCACUGCCUGUUUUUGUUUGAUUGUUUUUCUUCUUUUCCCCUGGUAUUAUUACAGCUCAGAUUUACACUGGUGGGCAAGCAGAUUAGUGCACUUGUUUCCAAUGCAGAAGGUUCCAGGAUCAAACCCCACCCCUACCCGUUCUCCGUGUAAUGUGGCGUUGCGUCAGGAAGGGCAUCCGGCAUAAAACGUGCCAAAUCAACAUGCAAAUCCAUCUCUGAUCUGCUGUGGCGACCCCUAGUGGAAAAAUAAGGGAGAAGCCAAAGGGACUUACUAAACUGUACGUCGUGUUCAUCUGCCAUUCUGUGCCAGGAAAUCUGAUGAAAUAUUUUCCAUUUUGUGUACAGGUUUUAUGAAAACAGUCAUUUCAGUCAUAAAGUAUUUUAUUUUUUUAAUACAAAAAUGGCGAUGCAUUAUUAGUUCACUUUAUGGUCAAUUUUAAAACAUUCUGCGGUCAUCUUGAGCAUUUUACACAGUACAUAAGAACAACAAAAAUAUAAAUACAGCACUUUUGCUUUCAUUCCCUUUUUUUGUGAGUUGGAAGUAAAAGAUCGAAGACUUCUGUACACACAAAAGGUUUAUGCUUGAAUUUUGUUUUGCAAGUUUGUUGAAAUCCAUGUUUGUGAGCACUUCACCUUCGCC